AUGGACUUAAAAGCCCACAUUUUCGAGUUCCAGGACUGGCUCGAAGCGUGGUCCGAAAAGGUGGCCAGGGAAAAGAAGCACCCCGUCACGAAUAUGCUGGCCAGACUGGGAGACGGCUUCGAGAAGGAGCACUGGCGGCAGCUGAGCCAGAUACUCUCGCUGCAGGGGGAAGACCGACUGACGAUGGGCAGCUUCCUGGGCAUGCCCGAGCGGCUGCAGCAGCGGGCCGCAGACAUCAAGGAGUUGGUCGGGCGGGCGCACGGGGAAGUGACCUUGAAGGAGGCGAUCCAAGAACUCCGGAUCUGGUGCGAGGCGGCAGAAUUCUAGUUUUCUGAGUACUCGAGCGCACGGGGCAAGGUGCCGGUCAUCCGCGAGUGGAAGGACAUGCUCAGCAAGGUGAGCGACAACCAGGCGCUGCUCUCGAGCCUGCGGGAAAGCAAGUGGGCGGACCGCUUCCUCGAGCAGAUCGGCCAGUUCGAGACCAAGCUUUCGGGGCUAGACGAGCAACUGGCUGUCCUCAACACUGUCCAGCGCAAGUGGCUCUACCUCGAGCCCAUCUUCAGCCGCAAGGCCCUGCCCUCCCACUCGCAGGUGUUCGGGCAGGCGGAUGAAAAAAUCGCCGGGAUCCUGCGCCGCCUCAGCGAGACCCGCAAAGUGAUCAGCCUGAACGAGGCGGGACAGCUCUCGCUGCUGUCCUCGCUGAGCAACACGCUGGACAUCUGCCAGAAGGCGCUGAACGACUUCCUGCAGGAAAAGCGAUAGAAGUUCCCUCGGUUUUUCUUCCUGGGCGAUGAGGACCUGCUGGAGUUGUUGGGCCACCCCGCCGACGUGGCAGUCGUCGGCAGGCACCUCAGGAAGCUGUUCGCCGCGCUGGCCAAGGUCCAGGGCGCCGGCAAAUCCCUGGACUGUUUCGGCAGCAUCGAAGGCGAGAUCGUCGGCAUGAAGCCCGUGGCAGUCACGGAGGAGAUUGAAAGCUGGCUGUCCACGCUCGAGCAGAGUACCUUCAGCGCGCUGUAGUCGAUGGCCAAGACCAAGAUCGGCUAGCAAAAGCGGUCCCUGCAGAUGGACCUGCCCAGCCAGAUCCUCAGCCUGUGCGAGCAGGUGCACUUCUCAUCACUGCUCUCCUCCCUCAAGUUCAAAGAAGUCCGGCAGUUCCUUGCCCAGUUCCUGGACCAGCUGGUCGGGCUGAUCGGAACCGCCAAGGGCGUGACCGUGCUGAAGAUCAAGUCGCUGCUGCUGGAUGUGAUUCACAACCUGGAGUGCGUGGACAGGGCCGUCCGGGAGCAGGUCAGCAGCAACGACGAGUUCGGCUAUCUGCGCAUCAUGCGGUAUGUGAGCCGGUCGGGUAGGGUCGAGGUCAGCCUCCUGCAGUACAGCUUUCCCUACUCCUACGAGUACCAGGGCAACCUCCCGAAGCUGGUGUUCACCCCGCUGACAGACCGCUGUUUCAUGACCCUCGCCCUGGCGAUGCGCAUGGGCUACGGUGGCAACCCCUACGGCCCUGCAGGCACCGGCAAGACCGAGUCGGUGAAGGCGAUGGCGCAGGCCUUCGGCAGACUGUGCCUGGUGUUCAACUGCGACGAGGGCAUCGACUUCAUGAGCAUGGGGCGGAUCUUCGUGGGGCUGGUGCGGUGCGGGGCGUGGGGCUGCUUCGACGAGUUCAACAGGCUGCUGUAGGAGCAGCUGUCCGCGAUUUCGCAGCAGAUCCAGGUGAUCCAGUGGGCCAUCAAGGAGGGUCGGAACAAGGUCGAAAUGCUAGGGCGGGCGGUCGAGGUCAACUUCAACUCGGGCAUCUUCGUGACCCUCAACCCUGCCGGCAAGGGCUACGGCGGCAGGAGCAAGCUGCCCGACAACCUCAAGCAACUGUUCAGGCCCGUCGCCAUGUCCAUCCCCGACAAUGAGCUCAUCGCAGAGGUGCUGCUCUACGCAGAGGGUUUCAAGUCCGCAAAAGUGCUGGCCGAGAAGGUGGUCACGGUGUUCCUUCUGAGCAGGCAGCUGCUGAGCCCACAGCAGCACUACGACUGGGGCCUGCGGGCCCUGAAGACCGUCCUGACAGUGGCAGGCAGGCUUAUCCAAGAGUAGCCCUAGAAGAGCGAGCAGAAGGAAGCCGAGCUGCUCAUCAGGUCCAUCCGCAUCAACACGCUCAGCAAGCUGACCUUCGCGGACACCAAGAAGUUCGGUUCCCUGCUCGGCGACGUCUUCCCUGGCGUCCCUGUCUCUGACAUCACCUACCCCGAGAUCACCAAGGCCAUCGAGGAGGCCCUUACUGUCAUGAAGCUGGCGGUGAACCCGGUCCAGGUCAGCAAGGUGCUGCAGUUCUACGAGGCCACCAUGCAGAGGAUGGGGGUGGUGCUGGUGGGCCCCUCGGGCUGCGGCAAGACCACCAUCUGGCGGGUCCUGCGCAAGGCCCUUGAACUGCUCAAACAGCCCGUGAAGGCCUUCAUAAUCAACCCCAAGGCGAUGAGCAGGCAGGUGCUUCUGGGCAGCAUGAACCACGACACCCGUGAGUUCACGGAGGGGGUGCUGACCCAGUCCGCGAAGCAGGUGGUCAAGCACGAGGGCAGGAGCUGGAUCGUCCUGGACGGAGACAUCGACCCCGAGUGGGUCUAGUCCUUGAACUCAGUCCUGGACGACAACCACCUCAUGACCCUCCCGACAGGCGAGCGCAUCUCCUUCCAGAGCACCACCAACUUCAUCUUCGAGACCGACCACCUCCGUUUCGCCUCCCCUGCCACUGUCAGCCGCAUGGGCAUGAUCUACCUCAACAACGAGGACGUCGCGCUCUCCGACAUCAUCUCGCAGUGGGCCAUGGACCUGCCCAACAGAGACUUCCUCCUGCCGAUGAUCGACAGGGUCCCGCUCGCCCUUGAGGAGGAGGGCAGCAUAGUCCCCAGCACCAUGGUCGGCCGCCUGUUUGACCUCCUCUCCCAGGUGAGAAAUGCCACCACCCCCCAGCAGUUCUACCUCGGUGCCCUGCGCGCCCAGCUGGCGAACCUCAGCCCUUAAGACCGUCUCAAGAGGAUGCAGGCACUGCUCGAGGCCCUCAACGAACGCAAGCACAGCGGGCAGGACAGCGACCCUCUCGACGUCUACCUCAAGGACAGCACCUUCAAAAGCUUUGCGCCUCAGCUGGAAGAUAUCCAGAGAUCGGAGUUGGAGUCAGGCGAGCCUCCGAUCGUGCUGACUGCGGCCCUGCUGAGGGACCUGGCCGUGCUGCGGCCGUGGAUGCAAGACAUGCAGCACGUGAUCCUGGUGGGCCCCCAGGGCUGCGGCAAGCAAUUGCUGAUGAGGGCAGCCAUCCGCUAGCUCAAAAAGACCGAGAAGGUCGCGGUCGCCCGGAUCUACUGCAACGCGCAGACCUCAGGGUCACAAAUCCUUCAGAAGCUAAGCGCAGUGUGCCAACGCUCGACCAACCACCUCGGCAGAGUACUAAAGCCACUCAACUGCUCUCGGGUGAUCCUGCUGCUGUCGAACCCCAACAUCCCCACCCCCGACAAGUACGCGACCAUCCAGCUGAUCGCCUUCCUGCAGUCGCUGAUCACCCACCGUGGGUUCUACGACCCUGCCAACCUCGAGUUCGUGCAGGUUGAGAGGGUGCAGGUUGUCUUGUUGAUCGAGCCCUCCUCGUCGAUAGGCAGGCACCCUCUCACUCCGCGUCUCACUGCCAAGACCAGAGUGCUUGCGUUGGGAUACGACUCGCCUGCCCUGGUUCUGUAGCAGUACGCAGCGGCCCUUGUGGGCAAAGCCCAAGCCCCAAAGCUAAGCGCCUUCCUAAGCGAGCUGUAUUCAGAGCUCAGCACGAAAUUCGACCGUUCCUAGCACUCGCACUACGCCUUCACCCCCAAGCAUCUGGUGCAGAUCUUCUUCGGCUUGCUCAAGUACGAGCUGGGCGCCGCAGAGGCCACCGGAGAGGCACUCAUCCACGAGACCGUCCGGCAGUACAGGGACAAACUAGUCACCCACGAGCACAAACAGAGGUUCGACUCGGUCCUCGGUGCCCUCGCCCGCAAGCAUUUCCGAGCAGACCCCCGGGAGCUGUACUACACGGCCCUGCUAAGCAAGGGAGGGCUGACCCGCAUCCCGAAGAAAGAUUACGCAGCAUUGCUGCAGCAAGGGCUGGUCAGUUACGAAAGAGAGUUUUACAGGCUGGGUCUCAUCCUCUGCGAGGACACGAUGGCCCUGGCCGCGGGGAUCGACCGGGCGAUCAGCAGUCCCGGCAACCUGCUCCUCGCAGGGCGGUCCGGCUCCGGCCGCAAAAGCACUGUGGUGCUGCUCUGCCACCUGCUGCGCCUCGAGAUGGCCAGCCUCUCGCCCACCCGCCACUACUCGACCAAAUAAUUCAAGCGCGACCUCCGAGCGAUCCUGGAGCAGGUGGGCGGACAGGGCAAGAAGAUGGUCCUCCUGAUCGAGGACCACCACCUCAGCUCGCCCGAGUUCUUGGAGCUGCUGAACAGCCUGCUGAUGAGCGGAGAGGUGCCAGGACUGAUCGGCCCAGAAGAGAUCGAGCGGAUCGUGGACAACCCCGAGGCUCUGAAGCGAAGCAACCUGAGGAUCGUGUUCUCUCUGGACUACAAGCGACAGUCCUUCGCGGACAACUGCGCGGCCAACCCCGGCUUGCUCAGCAAGACUGCCCUCAUCUGGCAGUCGGGCUUCUCUCAGGAAUCGCUUUCCAACAUCACCGUCGAGUACUGCCUCCGCUCGGUCUGCACUCUGCUCGGGCAGCCUGGCCUGUCCUGGGCCGAGAUCAAAGGCGUGAUGAAGGGCCGGCUGAUCGAAACCAUCAUGGCCUUCGACGCGAGGUCAAUCACAGAGCGCCAGCGGAAGGAGGUCGAGCGCGAGAUGGACGAGCAUCCCGAGGCCUUCAAGAAGGACAUCAUCUACCGGGCAUCACAGGCCGCCGGGCCUCUCAGCGACUGGCUCAAGGCGAUGCUGGUCUAUUCGAGGGUUCUGCAAUCGAUCGCCCCUCUGGAACGUGACCUGGCCGAACUUGGCAAGCAACUCGAAUUCUCCAAGCAGAAGGUCGGAGAAACACAAGCGGACCUGGAGCUGAUCGAGAAGGAGGCCAAGGAGCUGGAAACGAUCUACGCCCAGAAGACUGCAGAGGCGGAGUCCCUGAAGAUCAACCUCAAGAAGGCAGAGGCACUAACUGAGUCGGCGGCCAAACUGCUCGGAAAACUGGCUGGUGAGAAGGAGCGCUGUCCUGCUGAUGAAAAGGUCCGGGAGAGGGUCGUCAGCGAGUGGAAGAGGCAAGUGAAGGCCCCUGACUGGAACUUCCUGCGCUUCAUGGCAACUGAGAGCGAGCUCCUGGUGCGGAAGAGCGAGGGGCUGCCUGACGACACUCUGUCUCUCGAAAACUCGGUGAGCCUGUUCGCCACUAGGAGCGUACCACUGUUGAUCGACCCUACUGCCAGCUCGACCAAAUGGCUGAAGCAGACCCUGUCCAAAGAAAAGUCCUUUGAACUGGUCUCGCAAGGCGACCCAAAGCUGUCGACUCACCUGGAGUUGGCAGUGCGGUUCGGCAAGACCCUGGUGGUGGAGGACUGCGACCGCAUCGAAGGCAUCCUCUUCCCCCUGCUGAAGCGGGAGAUCAUCUCGCAGGGGCAGAGGAAGCUGGUGCUGAUCGGGGACAAGCUGGUGGACUACAAUGACGACCUGCGACUGUACCUGUGCAGCAGGGACGGCCGGCUGGCGCUGUAGCCCCAUGCUGCGCCUCUGGUCACUGUCCUCAACUUCAGCAUCACCAAGGCCGGCCUCGAAGGCAAGUUGCUCUCCCUCAUCAUCGACUUCUACCAGCCAGAACUGGAGAAGAAGCGCUCGGAACUGCUCGAGAAGCAGGAGGGGCUGAAGGUCUCGCUUGAGGGGCUCGAGAAGAGCCUGCUGGAAGAGCUGGCUUCUUCCAAGGGCAACAUCCUCGAGAACGCAGGGCUGCUGGCCUCGCUGGACGCCACUAAGACUCAAUCGUCCGAAAUCCAGGUCGCGCUGUCAGCCUCGAUCGAGCUGGCGGGCAAGCUGGACUCCUAGCGCGAGAACUACCGGGCGCUGGCAGUCCACGCCACCACCGUCUUCAUGCUGAUCAAGCAGCUGUCUAGCCUCAGCAACAUGUACCGCUUCUCGCUGGCCUACUACCUGAAUCUGUUCAAGCGGUCGCUUUCGGAGGUUGACGAAAAGGCACCUCUUAAGGACAAACUGAGCGAUACUGCCCGCAGCCUAAACCGCAUCGUGUUCGGAGCCGUGUCCGCCGGCCUCUUCAAAGCGGACCGGCUCACCUUCGCCCUCCACUUUGUCAGGGCCAUCAAGCCCGACCUCAUCCCCUCCCUAGAGUGGGAGAUCUUCCUAGGCCAGAAAGUUUCAACGAAGGCGGCUUCCUCGGUGCCUGGGUGGCUGCCGCCGGACCGGGUGGACGCCUUCAGCGUGCUAGUCAGUCAUCUGGGCUCAGUGAUGGGCUCACUGGGCCUCAGCGGUGCAGAGUGGCAACGGUGGUACAAUGAACUGGAGUGCGAAAAUAACUUCCCUCGCUGCAAACUGACUGAGUUCCAGAAGCUGCUGCUGGUGCAGGCGGCCCGGCCGGAGCGGCUGCAGUCCAUCAUGCACAACUUCGCGGUCGAGGGACUAGGGAUCGGCAGCAUCGCGGGACAGAGUCUUGGGUUCAAGGCCUUCGCAGAGGUGGACGGCAAGACCCCGAUCCUUUUCAUCGUCUCGACAGGGUACGACCCGACCAAGGAACUCGAGGAGUGGGCGGAAAAGGAGGUCGGGCGAGACAAGUUUGUGCAGCUGUCGCUGGGCGGAGGACAGACUGAUUCCAUCCUGGCGGAGAUCAACAAGGCGGCCGCAGGAGGGUCAUGGAUCUGCCUGAAGAACCUGCACCUGGUGACCGCCUUUCUGCCUGCCCUCGAGAAGCACAUCAACCAGCUCAAAGAGCCUGCAGAAAAGUUCAAGAUCUUCCUGACCACCGAGCCCCACGAUAAAUUCCCUGCGAUCCUGAUCGAAAACUCGUUGAAGAGCACCUACGAGGCCCCUCCCGGCGUGCGGAGGAACAUGACCAGGUCUCUGCAGCCAGUGUCCGCCAGCCUGCAGUCCCUGCCAGGCAACAAGUCCGUCUCGCUGGUCGCCCUGAGCCUGCUGCACGCCAUCCUGAUGGAGCGGCGGGCCUUCAUCCCCCAGGGCUGGUCCAAGGACGUGGCCUACAUCCAGGGCGUGCUGCAGGAGGUCGUGUACGGAGGCAGGAUUGACAACCCUUUCGACUCAGAGGUGCUGGCGACCUACCUCCGCAAGUACCUGGCGCUGGCAGUCGUGCAGGGCGAGCAGCCUCUGCUGCUUGGUUCGGCAUUGUCCAAGAGUCCAACCGGUAAGGAUAUCAACGCCCUACUGCAAAAAAUACCUGACGUGGACAGCCCACUACUGUUCGGACUGCCCAAGGGAAUCGACAAGGCCGUCCAGAAAGUAAGCUCGGGCAAGGUCAUCGCGGGGUUGAAGCUACUGGGCAGCAUCUCCAGCGAUGAGCUCAAAUUUGACCGGGAGAACCAGCUCAAGGGCAAGCUGCCUCGCCAGGUCAGCUCCGCAGAACUCGCGGAAAUUGACCCCAUCAAAAACUUCGUGGCUCUGGAGGUGCAACAAUCACUGAAGGAUAUGGAGGUGGUCAGCAAGUCGAUGCACAACCUCAGGCUCAUGCUGCAGGGAGGUGCGCUGGCCUGGCAGGAGCAGGCCAGUAGGGACCAACUAGCGAGCGGGGUGCUGGACCUGUCAGAACUUUUCCACCCCGAGGUUCUGAUAAACGCCAUUCGACAGACCUCAGCCCGCGCUCUCAAGGUGCCCAUCAACGAGCUUUGCCUGCAAGCCAGCUUUAAUAAAGAUUCGCUGUCAGAAAACGCCUUUAGUCUCAAAAACAUUUUGUUGGAGGGUGGCUGCCUGACCCCGGCAGGGGCUGUCACGCGCGAUGACGGGGCCGGCACUGAGCACGUGCAAGGCCGACUUCCCGCUAUUCGCCUCGCCCUCGCGGAACGGCUGCUGCUGAAGGUGAACCUGCCAGUGGAUGGCAGUGUGACCGACUGCGUGAUCGCGGGGGCAGCCCUGAUCCAGCGGCAGUGGAAGUACCAUGGAUAUAUCCAGAACGGACAGCCGCACUUCUACGGGCGCCUGUACGACCUGUCGAAGCAGCACGUAGUGGAGGGGACAGUCUCUUUCGGCAACUUCCAUGGCAAGGGCAAGCUGUACCACGGCCUGGCUGAGUACCCGGACGGCUCCUCCUACAGCGGGGAGUUCAAAAGGGACGUGCCCUGGGGCAGCGGCAUCUACCGCUGGAGAGACGACACAGUCUACGAAGGGGGCUUCUAG